GAUUUUAAAUUUAGUCUCUGCAUUUCCUACGAAUCAACACAAAAUUUUGGUCAUUGUUGUUGCGACCGUUCAACUAAAAAAAGCAUUCAGUUAGAGGUUGAGAUCAUGGCUCUGUAAUUAACUCAGGUGCGAAACGUUUCCGGUGUGCGUGAAUGAUUGCCUCCAAACAAGGAAUACACUGUCAAAAUCAAGGAUUCAGCAAAGUGGUGGCCGCUGGACGAGAUCUGGACCAGGACAUCUCUCGCUUAUCAUUUAGCAGUAGUUUAAAGAGUGCAAAAUGACAUCAUCAAGGGUGGACCUGUACAUCUAUGACCUUUCGAAAGGGAUGGCUGCAAUCAUGUCACCAAUCAUCAUAGGCAAGAAAAUUGAUGGGGUCUGGCAUACUGCUAUCACUGUCUAUGAGAGGGAAUACUUCUUCACAGCUUCUGGUGUUGAAAACUGUAUCCCCGGCACUACCGCAUUGGGUCCACCUCUGAAGCAGAUCAAGUUGGGUGAAACCCAGGUACCUUAUCCCGUCUUCAUCGAGUAUCUGAACGGGCUUAGUCAGUCUUCCUACGGCGCGAACACUUACCAAUUGUUGAGUCACAACUGUAAUAACUUUUCGGACGAGUUGGCCCAGUUCUUGUGCGGCACCGGCAUACCCAAGUACAUCCUAGACCUGCCGAACGAGGUGCUCCAGACAAACUUGGGCAGUACCUUGGUACCUUUGAUCAGCCAGUGGGAGCAGAGCGCACGACCCACCGUCCAGACCCAGAGCGAGGCGACCACCCGCGAGAAGAGUCCAGAUCUCGACCAGCAAAUCGAAGAGGCCAGAUACAAGUCCUUCGUGCUCGAACAGAGGCGCAAGAAGUUGAAGGAAAAGUUGGCCAAGAGGGAGCGCAAGAAGGAGAAGAGGCGAAAAAAGUUGAUCAAGGAAGGUCACAGCGAAGUGCUUGAAUUAGAAGAAACGGAAAUGGCUGAUACUGAAGCAGCAUUGAAUCCCUCCGAAUCGUCUCUGCCGUCUGAGCAGGCGAUGCAGUUGGAGGAGGAAGAGAGGAGACAGGAGGAGGAGAGGAAAAGGCUAAGAGAUCCUCCGGUGAUCUACAAAACUCUGCACGACAUUAACGUUGAGUUCGACGCUUUGGUCGGAUUGAUAGAUGGGAAGUUGAGCCAGGAGGAGCAAACUUCCUUGGAAGAAUUGCACAAGUUUAUGUUGGAGGAUGAAGGCAGCUGGGUUCUUGGAGAAACCUUCCUCGUGUUUAUUGGAAGACUUCUAAACGACAAAACUCUUCCGGUGGAAGUCAGGGUGAAGACCUUGAACGUUCUCGCGCUCGCCGCUCUUAAAGACGAUGUUAUCCUUUUGCUGCAUCAGGAUAGGAGGGAGCACAUCCUUAUGAACUACGCCUUCGACAUCGAUAGGCACAGCUUGGAGGAGCAGGAAGGUGUCGCUUUAUUCAUGUGCAAUAUGUUUGAGAACUUGAGUUCAUCCGAAUGGAUGCUUUACAUUUCCGAAUGGGCAUACAACAAUCAGCAGACCAGUAACAUCCGAGUUACCACCAAAGUUGCUGUGCAUUCUCUCCUUUCCGACUCAUCCGUUCUUCAAGAGCGUGGUUCGGCCAUCAUCCAUAACCUUGCCUGCAAGGAGAAAAUGUUCAAAAAUUUCAAGAUUCGACAAAGAUUACCCAAAGGCAGUCUGUCCAAGGUGUUCGAUGAUGUCGCCGUCGAGUUGACGAUGGCUCUGCUGCAGUUCUUCAACGGUAAACCGAGCGAAGAGAACCUGUUCAGAUGCAUGAAAGCUUUGGCCAAGUUCGUGGAGAUUUCGAGGCAGGAGGUGCCGCAGCUAAUCCAGAUGAUCGGGCCCGAUCCGAAGACCUUCAAAGGCACAAGUCCGAGGAUCGAUGAGCUCAUCGAGAAGAUCAGUUCGAAAUGCCGUUAAAUUACUUAUCUAUAUUAUUCAAAUGCGUUUCCAAAGAGAGAAAAUGUUGAAUUUUUAAUAAAUAGAAAGAUAACGUUUCCAAUAUGUUAUCGGUGUCAGUAAUGUCAUUUUUUUUUUGGUAGAAUUUUAACUUGUAAGGUCGUUCUUUUUUUUUAAAUU